AGCAGCUUAUUGACCCAAGCCACAACGCAGCCACGACCGCUACCAUCGAUAUAUCCAGCGUCCAAGGAACAUUGAUUUUACUAACUUUCUAUAUCUAUCCUUGACAAUAUGGUUGCCACCAAAGGACAGGCCAUUUCUAUGGCUGUAGUUUCCAUUUUAACCCUCGGAACAGGAAUUGCUGUAAUGGUUCUGUUCCAUAACCUGUUUAUGGCCUUGGGAGUUCGUGGACUAGCUACACCUGCUAUAUCUUAUUUCUGGCCUUACGGACUGCCGGUAAUAGUUGUUGGGGUGCUGGGCAUCAUUGCUGCUGCAGUCAGAAACAACGUUGCUAUGGGUAUAUACAUGGGAAUCUGCAUUGUAAGUCUGGUCGUACAAGCUGUGUUUGUGGUGAUCUUUGCCCUAGUCCUAUUUGCUCUUGAGUUCGUGCAGUCUCGAACUUGUUAUUUGAUCGAUGGCAUCUGUACGUGUACCGAAACUGUGGAUCCAGCCGUGAUGACGCCAUGUGAAGAUCCAUACAUCGCAUUAGCGAUGUUGACACGGGCCGCCAGCGCUCUUAUCAUCAUCAGCUGGAUUCUUAUGCUCUCCGGUUCUAUCAUCAGUUGCACGGCCUGUUGCUGUGGCCAGCGGCAGGACACUGCGGGUAUGAUCAUCACCCACGUGGGAACACCGAAUUACGAGCUGAACAAACCAGGCGGGUAUGGUGGUGUGCACGGGGCAGGGGAUCAGUACAAGUACUAAAGCCCAACGGUAGUACUUAUUUCACACCAGCCCCAUGGGCUUACCAGUUUCACUGCUCAGUGCAAAUAUCAGGUUUAAAACUAUCCUGGGUGUCAUUGAGAUUUUUUAAAAUUAUUUACUUGCUCGGUGUCUUUCAUCAGUGCUCCGUGUCAGUCACCUGCUUGGAAUUUCUUAAAACCCGAAUUGAGCUUGAAAAAGUAUUUUAACAAAUUGGAAGCCAUUUUAAACAGCAUGUAUUACUAGAGCUGAAAGGAUUAGGUUUCAUGUUGUUGUUGAGGCAUCUGAAUGAUAAAGCAUUACGCUUUUCUGUGAUAGGCUCUAACGAGAAAUAUUCACAAUAUUUGUAAUUUUACAGCAUUUUGUGCCUCAGUCCGUGAAUCUGUUAAAAUUUAUUUACACUGCUUUCAAAGAACGAUUUCAAAUAUGCAUUAUCACUGGCUGUCUCGUGGGCAGAUAAAUUAAGACAAUAUUUGGUUAGGACACCAUGUCUGUGCAGUUUGAAGCUGAAUGUGUGCAAAUAGCAAUUCAUUUCAGCUAGUUUGCUGGUCCUAGGAUAAUCUGUUGUGUAAUCGAUUCAUAAAGUUCAACAAUAAUUCGAGCUAUGAGUUACGAAAUUAAAACAGCAUGCAGAGUGGCCUCCCCUCGUGGUCCAUUUUUUUUUUUUUUUUGACACGAUAGGCGCAAUACAUCAAAUUUACAUCGGGUCUGUGGCCUAAAUACAAUGUUAGCAAUCAUCUACCAGAAAAAUCAGCUUCAACAAAUUUGUCCUCUUGUCACCUUGGAUAUUUGACGUAUUGAAGUAUCGAAGUAUCACCACCGUUCAAAAAUUUAGCUCAUUGUUGCUUGUGCCAAAAUCCGUUCAUAGUUUCUUCUGUAUUGACAUACAGAGAGUCAGGCAUCUGACAACAAUGCAGAAUCGUUCAGAAAAUUUCUUUACCCAGAUGCAGAUCUAUAAAUCAGCACAAAAUAUAAUGGUUUGAUGCGUGAUGCAAGUUUCAUAAAAAUCUUCACGACAGAAAAGAAGAAGAAAAGACUCUUUUAAAAAAAUAUCAAAUGUUCAGAUCCGGAUCACCAUAUAAAUGAAAUGUAUUGGUCAGUUUGGCCAAAGACAGGCGGUGCACACAGUUUUACCAAAAUCCAUGUAUAACGUUAAAUUAAAGGCAACAUGCAUAGUUAAAGGUUGGAGACAGAAAAUUUAUAGCAAUGAAGAAUCGUUUAUAAACUGAAUCGCCACCAAAAUUUAGUGGAUCGCUUCGUGGCCCAACGCCAAGUUGUGCACCAAAUUUCACCCAAAUCCGAUGACAAGUUUUCCCGUAAAGUUGCUGAUAGAUAUACAUUCGGACAAAUAAACAAAAAACAAAAUAAAAGUUUUUCCUAAAUAUACACAUCACCAUGAUGCAAGACAGAAAAAUAACCCUUAGGCCCCAUAGGCCAAAAAUGGUAACAUCAAGCACAAAGGAACAUUGCUGUGUUGUAACUUCGUAGGUUGUAAACCACGAAUUGUGUUCGUCAUGCAUGUAAAAUGUUCCUUCAUUUUUAUUUGCUUGGGUUUUUGUCCUUUGUGUAACAGUAAUUAUAUUAGCUUCGCAUGUAAUGUUUCUUUGCAUUAUUUCAAGGCUAUUCAGCACUACGUAAAAUGUGUUUGUGUUACAGUUGUACGCGUAAAAGUGAAUGUAUUUUGUUAUGGGCAUUAUAUCCGCAUUCACAAUAAAAGUUUGUUUUGUUCUGCGUAUUCUGUAUGAUAAAAACUCAAAGGAUUAUUUACCUACAAGGUGAUGUGUUACGUUCAGAAAAUGAUAACUGCACAGUCCAUUGGUAGAAGUAUACCUAUCUCUCUUGUCACCGAUGUUUGUUCAUCUUUUGUCUUAAAUAUAUCUAUAUAUAUAUGCGAUAUACG